GAGUCGUCCAGCGAUGCCUAAGAACGAGUCUGUACCUACCACAAAGUCAAUGUCCGAGGAUGAUAGGGAAUCUGAAGGACUUGUAGCCAUUAUCUCCAGCGUCGAGGUCGCGGUCUUUACUCAGAAGAAACCACCGAGUACGCACAUACAAGUUACGAUCGACGAGGGGCCAUCCCAGAAGAGUAUUGUAAUCAAGAGAUCAGCUAAUCCAAAAUGGCUGGAGGGAGAUGAAAACAUGACAUUCUCGGGUCUACGCCCAUCGUCAAUAUUAAAACUUCAACUGUUCCAGCAAAGUCGCAACCCUUUCAAGAGCACUUCUCGUCUUGUUGGAGAGUUCGAAGGGAACAUCGUUAGUCUCGUCGCUGAAGACAAUGUAGGCGUGGCCUUUGACAUGAAACCCUAUGAUCCGAGUACUCCGCUCAUCAAGCUGAGUAUUUGCGGAGGGUCGACAAAAUACGCCAUACCCACACUCGCCAGGCACGGACAACUUACGCCACCUUCCGUUUUGGGCACAUCUGCGUCUACUUGUCGAGGACUUAUCCCGCCCAAAAGAAACAUUCUUUUUUCGUUUAUUCUCGCGUUAAAUCUCGGUGGAUCGGUUGGUUAGGUUCUGGUUAGGUUAGUUAGGUUCAGCUAGGUUCUGGUUAGGUUAGUUAGGUUCAGUUAGGUUCUGGUUAGGUUAGUUAGGUUCAGUUAGGUUCUGGUUAGGUUAGUUAGGUUCAGUUAGGUUCAGUUAGGGUUAGGUUCCCCCCGAGCGUUAGCGAGGCCGAACAUAAAAAAAUGCCCGAACGAGUCUUUAGUGUGCCCACCUGAGAGGAUCCGGCUUGGGGGACCCCCCGAGCGCAGCGAGGGAGGGGAGGAUCCUCGAACGGUGGGUACUCUUCGGGCGCAACAACGAAAAA